AUGGCAGAACCAACAGCGCAUCCCAAGACCACCGCGAGGUCUUCGCCACCAUCACUCGGCGAUAGUGUCAAGGUUGUGGACGUGGAGAAUGUUGAACAUGCCAAAACUUCUGCGUCUCGUGAUAACCCUGACCAUCACCAUGGCCAGAGAGCCGCCCUUCAACCACCGCCUUGGAUCGCGGCCCUGAGCCCAGAAGAGCGUCGGAACCUCGAGAAGAAGUUGAAGAGGAAGAUUGACUUAAGGUUGAUGCCGGCUAUUAUUAUCAUGUACAUCUUGAACUACAUUGAUCGAAACAACAUCGCCGCCGCUAAACUCGCCAACCUCGAGCGCGACCUCAACCUCUCCUCAGUCGAGUACCAAACCUCCGUCAGCAUCCUCUUCGUCGGCUACCUCCUAAUGCAAAUCCCUUCCAACCUGUUCCUUAACAAGCUCGGAAAACCUGCCAUUUAUCUUCCCUGUUGCAUGAUAAUCUGGGGCACCAUCUCCGCCGCCACCGCCGCCUGCACCUCCGCCGCCGGCCUCUACGCCGUCCGUUUCUUCCUCGGCUUCGUCGAAGCCGCCUACUUCCCCGGUUGCCUGUACUACCUGUCCUGCUGGUACACCCGCUCGGAACUCGGCCUGCGCACCGCCAUCUUAUACUCUGGCGCCUUAAUCUCGGGAGCCUUCUCCGGUCUCAUCUCUGCCGGCGUGGUGGGCGGGCUAGAUGGCGCAAGGGGGUAUAGUGCCUGGCAAUGGCUGUUCAUCAUCGAAGGAGCGGCGACGAUCGUCAUUGCUUUUGCGUGUUUCUUUGUCCUGCCGAAUUUCCCGCGGACGACGACUUGGUUGACGGAGGAGGAGAGGACACUGGCGGUUUGGAGGCUCGAAGAGGAUGUGGGUGUUGAUGACUGGGUGGGGAGGAAGGAGCAGACUUUCUGGCAGGGCGCGAAGAUGGCGUUUACGGAUUUUAGGACCUAUGUUCUGAUGGUCCUCCUCUUCUGCAUCGUCGCCUCCGGCACCGUCACCAAUUUCUUCCCCACCGUCGUCAACACCCUCGGCUACAACCGGAUCCAUUCCCUCCUUCUCACCGCCCCGCCCUACGUCCUGGCUGUCAUUGUCACCUUCGCCAAUGCCUGGCACGCCGACAAGACGGGCGAGCGAUACUUCCACAUCGCGAUCCCCAUGUGCGUCGCCAUCGUGGCGUACAUCAUUGCCGCAGCAACCACCCACAUCGCUCCCCGCUACCUGGCCAUGAUGCUCAUGGUGCCCUCGGUCUACUCGGGCUUCGUGGUGGCUUUGGCGUGGAUCUCGAAUACCAUGCCCCGACCGCCGGCGAAGAGAGCGGCGGCGCUGGCGUUUAUCAAUGCCGUCAGUAAUUGUAGCAGUAUCUACGCGAGCUAUCUGUAUCCGAACAGCGCGGCGCCGCAUUACACAGUGGCUAUGGUGGUGAAUUGCGUGACGGCGUUUAUUGCUGUGUGUGCGGCGACGGUGAUGAGGAUGAUUUUGAGCAGGCAGAAUAAGAAGUUGGCGAGGGGGGAGUGGGUGGAUGGGGCUAUUAAUGUCGAGGGGUUCAGGUUUAAGCUUUGA